AUGCCCCGCGUACGAGAUUCACCCGAGGAUUCCUCACAGCCUCUCAUCCCCGACAGCCGCAUAGCCCUCAAUGCACCGGAACCGCCCGACGGAGAAACGGGAAAUUCCGCGGGGAGCGUGGCGGGUUCGGAGCAUAUAUCCGCGCAAGCGCAAUUGGAAUCCCUCCCAAGCGGCGCAACUCGAGCGCGCGCGCCCCUCUCGCGCGCAGAGGCGCUGGGGACGCUGCUGGGGGGGGUGGGCGCAGCGGUGAUGGCGCUGGGGGGAAGUGGGGGAGCUGGGGGGGGCAGUAAUGGUGCUGGUGGGAGUUUGAUAGGCGUGGGAAUCGCUUCUGGUGCUGGUGCUGAAAGCAGCAGCGGUGGUAUUGGUGGUAACGGUAGUGGUGGCGGUUUUGGUAACGGUGGUUUCCUUGGUCGUGGUAAUGAUGACGAUGAUGCUGUGUCUGUGCAAGGGGAUGUGGCAGCACUGCUAGCAGCAGCAGCAUUCGUGGUAUACGUGUGGGUGGGAGGGAGAGUGCGCAAGUCCCUCCCCCUGCAUCUCUACGCCCUGUCUGUGACUGCAGCUGCUGGAAUCAUGCUCGCUGCUGCUGCCUGCCUCACACCCCUCAUAGACCCCUCGCAUGCCUGCCCUCCCCAUGCCAGCUACAUGGGCCACACAGGCCUCAACGCUCUCCUGCGCUACACCACGCCUCUCGUCAUCGCCAUUGCAAUCACCGUCGAGCCCCCGCUUGGCUCGCUCAUUGGCUGGGCUAUCGGCCAGUCAGGUGCUCCAGAUGCUACAACGUGGGUUGGGGGGGCGCUGAUGGUUGGGGCGACGCUGUGGGUGGCACUUGAAGGCGAGCGGGCGAGAGGGCGGCAGUGA